CUAAUCCCAAUACCAAAAUCCUCCUUCUUCUUCUUCUAUUUUUAUAUUUAUUUAUUUAUUUAUUAGAUAAAUAAAUUAAUUAAUUAGUAUAUAUUUAUUUCUACACACGCUUUGGUUCUUCUUUCUCAACUUUGGCUUCGUCUUUCCUGUAUUUCAACUUUUCAAUGGAGAGGCAUAGAGAAAUGGAACUCUUGCACUCCGGUGAGUACUCCGGCAGCGACCCCGGUGGUUCUUCUCGUCGAGACAUCAUCGAAGAGGUGGAUUUCUUCUCUAAGAGCCGCCUAAGAGAUGAGGCUGCCGGCCUGCAGCCGGAGAUACCCAACAGUUCUCCUCCUCCUCCUCCUCCUCCCGGCGAGCCUUCCAUCAACACGGGGUUGAAUCUGCUAACCAUGAAUUCCGGUGGCAGUCAGCAGCAUGAAGUGGAAGAGAAGAUGAAGAACAGUAGUAGCAGUAGCAGCAACAUCAAUAAUAACAAGUUGUUAGCACUUCAAGCUGAGUUAGAUCGGUUGGGAGAUGAAAACCGGAAGCUGAGGAGCAUGCUUGAUCAUCUCAUGAAGAACUACAAUGAUCUACAAAACCAGCUUCUUCUUGCCAUGCAACAACAAGCUCGCAAGGCUGCAGAAGAUGGCCAAAAGGAGAACAAGAAUGACGUGCAAAGUCCAGCACCGAUAACUGCUCGACAAUUCAUGGAUCCUGGUCCUGCCUGCAUGCAAGACACAGAAGACCCUUCAAAGUCUGGUGAGGGUGAAGAAGAGCAAUCACCAUUGAGAAACCAUCCUCAUGAACAUGGAAUAGUUUCAUUGGCCAAGAGACGUCUCCCUAUGGACUCCAUCCCCUCUGAACAAACUUCUCCAAGUUGGGGAACCAGCAAGAGCCCCAAACAAGUCCCAGAAAGAACCACUGAUCAAUCAUCUGAGCUCGCAUGUCGCAAAGCUAGAGUCUCCGUCCGUGCUCGCUCUGAUGCACCAAUGAUAAGUGAUGGAUGCCAAUGGAGGAAAUAUGGUCAGAAGAUGGCAAAAGGCAACCCUUGUCCUCGUGCUUACUACCGUUGUACCAUGGCAGCUGGUUGCUCAGUUCGAAAGCAGGUGCAGAGAUGUGCUGAGGAUAAAACAAUCUUGAUCACAACAUAUGAAGGUAACCACAACCAUCCAUUACCUCCAGCAGCCAUGGCCAUGGCCAAUACAACCACGGCGGCUGCUACGAUGCUCCUCUCAGGCUCUACAUCAAGCAAGGACUCUCUCACAAACCCUACUAAUGGCUUUUACCAACCAAUGCCUUAUGCUUCAACAAUGGCCACCCUGUCAGCAUCUGCCCCGUUCCCGACGAUCACUCUUGACCUUACACAACCACCAGGUCCUCUGCAGAUCCACCGGCAGCAGACUCCGGCAACACCAUUCCCUUUGACAUUGCCAAUGUACAUGCCACAGAAGGUGCCUGGCUUGGUGGUGCCACCAGGGUUGCAGUUUGGCCAGCAGCAGCCAUCUUCAGUGAUGGAUACUGUCACUGCUGCAAUAGCAUCAGACCCAAACUUCACAUCAGCAUUGGCAGCUGCCAUCAAGUCCAUCAUCAGUACUCCUAGAAGCCCUAAUGCUGCUACUACUGCUACCAAUGGCCCUAGUACUCCUCCUGCUGCUGCUGCUGCUCUUCAUGCAUUCCCUGGAUCCCCUCAGUUUCCACAAUCUUGCACCACCUUUUCUACAAACACUAACUAACUAACUAACUAACUAACCAGGAAGAGAGAGAGAGAAAGAUAAGAGUUCAUAUAUAAAGUCUCUUGAAGGAGUAUUGUUUAGUAUAAGCAAUAUUUUUUUUUUUAAUGAUUUUUGUGAAUUAAUAAUGUUAUUUAUAAAGCUAAGGCUUGGUACUUGGAGACACGGACACCUUGGUUUUUGUUGGGAGGUAGAAAGGGUUUAUUAUUGUACAUAGAUUUUAUUGGCUUUAUAUAUUCUAUACUUUUUUACACUGUUGUUAUUUUCGUUC